ACUUUUUCAAUGCAUAAUCCAAGAUGUCUUCCUCUACAAAGAAACGGACUUUGGAUGCCUUCUUCAAACCUCCUGCCAAGAAGGCAAAGUCCUCAGAUGUAGUUGACUCUGGAGACCUGGAACAAGCGGAUGAAACCUCGUCAGCACCCGAUCAGGAUGUCGAAUUUUCAAAGCAUACAACAUACCCAUUCCCUAUUGUGAAUUUCCCAACUUCCAUCUCAUCAGCGUUACCAUCCUUUCCAUCUACAAUCGGCAAGGAGAUCAACGACCAAGCGGACCUCGACUUACUGUAUUUCCAACCUUAUGUGCCCAAGUACCUUGAGAGUCAAAUCUCUCAGUUCCUACGAGCAGAACUGCCUUUCUACAGGGUUGAGUAUACGAUAAAGAGGGGAGGUGUAGAGACACAAAUCAGAACCCCAAGAUACACUACAGUUUUCGGAUUAGACGAAACCUCACGGUUUGAUGAGAACGGAGAAGUGGUUGAUGCAAAGACAAGGAAAAAGAUAUCAAACGACAAGUACUACUCGAAGUAUUCUCCACGGCCAAUACCAAAGUGCCUCGACGAUCUAAGGCUUUCGACUGAAGCAGCCACUGGAUGCAAAUUCAAUUUCUGUCUUGUCAACUACUACGCAUCCGGCUCAGAUAGCAUUUCAUAUCACAGUGACGACGAGAGGUUUCUUGGGAGCUUACCAGCCAUCGCAUCAUUCUCUUUGGGGGCGAGGAGAGACUUUCUCAUGAAGCAUAAGCCUAUCAUUCCCAAUGACUCCGCACCACCACCUCCAGCAACAACCCCAAUCAAAUUGCCACUAGCAAGUGGAGAUAUGAUACUCAUGAGAGGUCCAACGCAAGCUAAUUGGCUUCAUUCCAUCCCGAAAAGAACAGGAAAGAACGCAGAGGAUGGAGGAAGGAUCAACAUCACAUUUCGACGAGCCAUGGUGAAAGGAGGGACAGAGAAUUACUACAAUUAUAAUGUAGGCAACGGACCUGUCUUCAGAUGGGACGAAAGAUCGAGAGAAAUGAAGCUAUGGAAGCCUUAGUAUUCCUCACAUGAUCUAUCGUCCAAACCUCAUUUGAGCAUUAGCGUAGUUGUAUAGAGCUCUCAAAAAUACUUGAUAACCAACUCCUUGAUUAUCCUGCACGUGAAAGAUCUCAGUC